AAUGCGUUCCGUCCAGAAAUAGGUAAUUUAUCUGUGGUUCUAACCACAGACAAAUUUGCAGUAAGCAAUAAAUAUUAUGAAGUAGUAUUUUUAUAUCAAAACAAUAUGAGUGAUACACAUUUAACAUCAUCAUUGCGUCUUCGUGUCGCUAGAGAAUCACAACUUCUGGCGGAGAAGAAGUGGAUUUUGACAGCUCUGAAGAAAAUAAAAACGCAAAGGAAUUCUCUGCAGAUAGAACGUUUACAUCUCGAGAGUAUGAAAGUGAGUUUAAAACAAGAGCUUCAGACUGAAAAUAAGAAGGACAGGUUCACCGACACAAGCCCUCUGAGGAAUGAAGAGUGCAGUGCCUUGAUGGAGAAGAAUCCCCAAAUAUCGAGCACCCAGAUCACUGAGUAUGACCCAACAGUAAAUAUGGAGGACCUGGAGGCUCUGUGCAAUGAGGAGGAGCUCAAUUUAGGUGUUCAGGAUACUAUUGCUCAUAAAAACAAUUCAGACUUCUGCAUGGAAGAAGAUGACGAGGACAAUGAUGACAACUGUGACGAUGAUAUCCUGAUAGAUAUGAACAUGUUCAUGAAUGGACAGAUGUGAACUGGUCACAAACAAACAGAUAUGAACAUAAACAUUAUGUAGAGGAGCAGACUGGUCAAC